AUGUCCUGGAAUAUACAGAGUCGUUAUGAGCUUCUUGAACUGGUGGACCUUAACUUGACUCCAUCGUGGGCAAGGCUGAGACCUUCACGCAUUCUAAUAUGUUCUUUCACCAAGUAUGGCAACCCACGCAUCCAAAGCAUGCAAUGGGUUGAUGCAAGUCUGAAGUUGGUUACACAACUCCCGAGAUUGGCUCAGGAAGGCUUCUGCAGUCCAACCGACCGGACAUGCCAGGUGCUUCGGAAGCGACGCUUAAGGCUAGAGUUCCCACACGAGCAUAAAAAGUAUGCAGUUGUUGAGCCGUUCUCAAGGGACAUCAUGCAUGUCUGUCUCCUGGAGCACUUGAAUAAAUUCGCUUCUUGCAAAUCUAGUGUUCGUGGAGAGGAAACUCCCGCUCAGCAUUGGCACCCUCUUAGCCGAAAAUUAACUGAUAUCCAAGUAACGAUGAAUACUCAUACACCCCAGGCCUCCAUCACAGGCAAUCGACGAAGACCACGUGUGUUAAGGCAGCGCGUUGGGCAACAGUCUCCAAAGUACAACUCCCAAAACUCAACAAACUGGGCCAUAUCGCCCACACCUCAACUGUAG